AUAUAUAUUAUAUUUAUUGUCUGAGCAAAUGUUCAAGGAAUAUUGAGCGCAUUUUCAUGACAAUUAGAAUGACAACCGUGUUUUGAAAAGGACAUAUAGAUAGAACGUAACAUUAAAAUAUGCCAAAGUAAUCGCGCCGACAAGUCAGCAUGGAUGUCAGAAAUUCAACAAUAUUGGAAUCUUCUAGCGAGGAUUCCAUACUGUUCGAGACUGUGAAAAGUAUAGCGAAGGGAGAAGAUCGUAAGGAAACAGAGAACGAAGAGGACUUCUUCCUAAUGUCGCUUCAAGAGAAACAGUAUUCCAGUGCAAACGUUAAAGAAGCAGCAACAACAUAUAAGCGUCAGACGGAAGAAAUGUUUCAGUGGACGGAUCUUUGCAGGAUAUGUGCCAAUGCUAAUGACCAUUUGAUACCUAUUUUUGAGGGAGAAGGGGCAGAACUUGACUUAUCUAGUAAAAUAUUCAAGUACCUGCCAAUACAUGUAUCUAAAAAUGAUACUUUACCGUUACAAUUAUGUUAUCACUGCGCAGUUACGUUAUUGGCUUGGCAUCAAUUAAGUAAAGAUUGCUUAAAUGCGGAGAAAAAGUUGCUAGAAAUACAAGAUGUCUUGCAAAAUAAACAGCAGAAUGACGAUGCUGCAUCUUUCAUUAAUUCAGAUGUCUCUAUACCAGUUAUCUCAACAAUUUCAACUGUAUCUAACAUAGCAAUCUCACCAAUUGAUCGGCAGACUGAUUGCAGAAAUAGUACACAUGACACAGAGGGAAAUGUAUCUAACAGGUGUGGCCCGGCGAGAGAGAAACCCUUCGCGGCGUACUGCUCUGCGCGUAACGCUGCUCGAUGGGCGAGCGAUCGCGUGAGAAAGUGCGAAAGCGAACUCACGGACGCGACAGCGAAAUUAACACCGACUGCAGAGAAAGCUAGAGAAAUCUCGGAGAGAAAGACUUGCGAGAACUCAUCGGACAGCAGCGUCGUGGAAUUCGACGAGAAGGAGGAGGAUUCGAGCACUUCCAAGCGUCGAUAUUUGAAAUCGGCGAAAAAAGGAUACACCUGCGAUCACUGCCGACGCGUGUUCAAUACGAAACACCACCUGGCGCAUCACAUGGCAAGCUGUGAGAGUCACAGCUCGACAAAUCGAACAGGGUCCUCGGCAGCAUGCGUUCAAGAAGCGGGAAAGAAUAGGAAAAUCGACGACAAUUCGGCGAAACGAGAAAAUUCAAGUCGUCCGAAGGGUUGUGCAAAGAGCGUGGGAGACGAUGAAGGUCACGGCGAAGCUUUCGGCAAGCCUUUGAAAAAACGCUCUUCGAGAAGUUAUCCCUGCAGAUAUUGCGAGUACACCGCGGAGAAGAAGAAACUGUUGAGCGUCCACCUAACAGAAGCGCAUUCCGAGUUCGCGCGGAAAAAUCGGAAAUCAUUCGUGGAUACGGAGAGCGUGCUGCGUGCCCGGAUGGUGCACGAUGGCAAGGUGUACUAUCACUGCGGCGAGUGCGGCAAGAACUUGAAUUCGCCGUAUACUUUCUACUGGCACAUACGCAUCCACACGGGCGAGCGGUUGUUCACUUGUCACAUGUGCGGCAAACGGUUCCGCGUCAAUCAAGGUUUGGCGCGCCACUUGAAGGAGACUCACGCGGGCGUGAAGAACGUGCCGUGCGAUCUGUGCGGCCGCAUGUUCUCGACACGGCGCAAUGCCGAGGAUCACCGGCGUAUCCAUACCGGCGAGCGACCGUACGUCUGCAACGUGUGCGGCAAGACGUUCAAGCAGAAGGCCUCGCUCUUCGUGCACAAUCGCACGCAUUCGGACGUGUUCCCGUUCAAGUGCAGCUACUGCGGCCAGACAUUCCGCACGCGGUCGCCGCUGAUGGUGCACAUUACCAAGCACACGGGCGAGAAGCCGUACGCCUGCGACGUCUGCGGCCGUUGCUUCCGCAUUAAGUACGAGCUGAAACGGCACCGACUUAUCCACUCGGACGAGAAGCCCUGGCGCUGCACAGACUGCGAUCUCUCGUUCCGGCAGAAGCGUUACUUGAUUAACCACAAGAGGCUCAAUCAUGAGCCGCCGUGCCACCUGAUCCCUGCGAAGUAAUCGACUGAUUCUCUUUUCGGACGCCUGCCUCGCGUAUGUCGAGCGUCAAGUUCGCUGAACAUGAGUUUUUCAAACCGCUUGCAAAGAGACGACGAAUCCUGAGGAAGAUCUGUUUCAGCACGACCAAACGCUGUUCAGCGCUAAAUGUUUAUUAUCGAUCCUCCGAGGUAACUUUGGGAAAAUCUGGGUUCAUGGAAAGAUCACGCGAGUAAUACCCAGUUAAGUAACUCUGAGAGAGAGAGAACUGAGAACUUCUCAAGCGCUUCACGGUAAAUUCCCGAAAAUAUUGGGUGUUCCGGUUAGUUUUGAAGGCUCAUUGUAGGUUGUUAUAGCUAUGAAUCUAUUAGAGACAUUUUGAAAGUUGGCAUGCCAUUUCGAAGCUUGGACAUUUUUACAAAUCAUUCGACACUGGCCCUGUGUAUUCGUAAACAUGAUCAUACUGUUUAGUGCGAUUGAAAGUGGAACGUGAUAAGGAGUGCGAAAGACGUGUAUUAUGAGCUGCUGAAACCGAAUCAAACUGUCACCGCUGAGCGUUAUCAACGACAAUUAAUCGAUUUGAAUCGUGCUUUGAACGAGAAACGUUCCAUAACAGCUCAUAGAAAACGCAAAGUGAUUUUGUUGUAUGACAAUGCUCGACCACACGUUGCAAAAGCAGUUAAAGAUACGUUAUCGGCAUUUCAAUGGGAAGUUUUACCACAUGCCGUGUAUUCACCAGACUGUGCUCCUUCAGAUUAUUACUUAUUUCGAUCGAUGCAGCACGGCCUUGCUGACCAGCAUUUCCAAACAUACGACGAAAUACAAAAAUGGCUCGAUGAAUGGAUUGCUUCGAAAGACGAGUAUUUUUUUUUUACGCGGAAUCCACUUAUUGCCAGAAAAGUGGGGAAAAAGUUGUAGCUAACGGUGGAAAAUAUUUUGCAUAAAAUCUAAUUUAACGUCUCUCUAAAAUAAACGUGUUUUUUUGCCAAAAGUUCCUCAAAACCAGCCGGAACACCUAAUACAUAUAAGACGUAUCUCUAAGUGAGUCUCGAAACAAUACAACGGUUCGACUUAUUCGAAGAUAAGGAGAAAGGUUAUAUAAAACUCCGACUACACGCGUGAGGAAUGCGGAAAGAUUCUAUUUACUGCGUACAACCUCUCGAUUUAUCGCAACAUUCUUACUAACAUACAUAAAGCCACACUUGCGACAUAUGCGGCAAGAGGUCGUGUGAAGAAUUACCUGGCUGGAGCGUAUCCAUUCCGAGGAGAAGUCCUACAUGUAUCGACAAUGCGGAAUCCGCUUCGUUUUAGCACUUUAUGUGAAGAAUCGCGAAUGCUCAAUACACAUGUAAAAAUGAAGCGACUCUUCUUAUAAAUGACGUUAUUUUCAGUAACGUGCCAAUAAUGCAUUAAUGCGGUGGCAACCUCAAUAUCUGAAGCUCGUUUCAUUGAGAUUUAUUUAAGAGAUUUUUGAAACAGAAGCGUGAACGAGAUGACAGUAUCGAAUAUUUUUAUUGUAAAACGUCAUACUCGUCGACAUUAUGUGUCAACAAUGUGAUAUUAUUUUUUUUAUAUACGUAUGCACGCGUAUGUACGCACAUGCGCGUGUUGUGUGUGUGUGUGUGUGUGUAUAUGUAUGUAUAAUGAAGAUAUUUUAGAAAAUGUAAUUAGAUAUAAAUACUUUUUUAUUAGAUGUAAAUAUAUUUAUAUUGUAAUGCUAAUUUAUUUUACAUAUGGUCAUGAGGUAAACCAGUUUUCGAAAUGUAAGAUUUGUGUAUAUUUUGUAUAUUUUUACUUUUUCAGCUACUGUUGGACAUUAAUUGUUAUAUGCUGCAUACGAAAAAGAAAUCAUUUUUAAUAUAAGAAUUUGUAAAGGAAAAUUCGAUAUUAUUAGUAUAUCUUGUGAAAUGGAUUUCUUAAGAAUACUCUGUAACUUAAAAUACCUUGUGACUCUGUUACUUAAUUGAAAUGUUCUUGAAUUGUCUGCGCAAUUUGGAGAAAAUUGACCGUGUGAAUAUUGAUAGUUGUAAGUAGUAUUUAAAAUUAAGUGUCUUCCCUAUAUCAUACUAAUGUGUUAACAUCUUAUUUUUUUAUUUUACUUUCCAAACUAUGUUCAGAACUUUAAUAAAGAACACAAUGAUGUU